CUCAACUAGUUUCAAAAAUGCAAUUCGAAAGAAGAAACCAAGAGUCAAGUCUUACCCAUUGAAGUGUUGGAGCAACCUCUCGAAAAAUGAGGGGCCUCCUUGUGCACAGUGAACACUGGUCCCAACUUCUAUUUUCGGUUGAGUACAUUCUCUCAUAUUCCCAUCAUGUAGGGAGUGAGUGGUGCCUGGGUUAGCCGUUUUGAAGAUUAGAGCUGCAGCAUCAUGUCAGUCAUCACCUAUCCGCACUAGUCCAUGUAGUAGUAUGGAGUUCGGAUUCGGCAUCGUGGGUUCCUCCGGUAAACGGAAUGAGUUCCGAAAUUCCGGUGGAAACCUCUUCGCUUGCCAUGGUUGUGCCGUCCUCACCACUACCCUUCGGGGCAAGUGUGGGGGCCGCGACCAUGACGUCCUUUGCAAUGCCGAGCUCGAUCUUCGGGUCGGCCCCUCGACCCAUUCCCGGGCUCGAAACCACGGGGGAUCACCCCGUCGCAAGAUCCCCCCAGCCCAAUGAGGCCAACGACCCCCUCGUGGCGAUGGUAAACCAAGCAUGGUACCACAACAACUAUCUCGCCAUCAACAUUAUCCUCGAGGGGUUGGGAGAUUCGCUGUACCCCGUUUACGCCGGUGCAACGCUCGCUAAAGAGCUUUGGAAUGGCUUGAACAAAAAGUAUCAAGCUGAGGAUGCCGGCACAAAGAAGUUCAUCGUCGGGAAGAUGCUGGACUACAAGAUGGUCGACAGCAAAUCUGUUGUCGCCCAGGCUGAGGAGCUUACGGUAAUCUUCAACAAGUGCAAUGAAGAAAAAAUAGGCGUCAGCGAGGCCUUUCAAGUGGCGGCCAUCAUCCACAAACUUCCCCGGUCGUGGGAAGAUUUCCAAGCCGACCUCAAGCUCAAAAGAACGGAUCUGAAUCUGGAGCAACUGCUCACGCGGUUGAGGAUCCGAGAGGAAGGGCUUGCUAGAAGAAAUGGAGGGGCUAAGGCGAAUGUUGUAGAACAUCCGUCGGGCUCUUCACAUGGCGGGAAGGACAAGAAGAAAAUGGGUCCUAAGGGUGGUGUUUCUAAAUUUGCAGGAAAAUGCUACAAUUGUGGCAUUACUGGGCAGCGUUCCUCCGAUUGUAGGAAAAAGAAGCCACAAAAGGGAAAGAAGAAAACCACUGAAGCCAUGUGUGCGGAGCUUGACAACUUGGACCUCUGCGCGGUUGUCACCGAGGUGAAUCUCGUCGGGUCAAACCCGAAGGAAUGGUUUGUGGACACAGGAGCCACACGCCAUAUUUGUUCAAAUCGGAGCAUGUUUCACGACUUUCAAGAGAGCUCCGGUGACAAGAACCAGAUGCGUGUUCCACGACCAUAAUGGGCACACCCAUGAGAACGGAAUGAUGGUUGGUUGAAACUUGUGUAUUGUAUAUCGUCGUUUACAUAAACGGCAGUACAGUUC